GCGUCACAAGUCACAAUAAAAACCCAACAGCGAACCCCCCAACCAAAACCCUGCUGUGUUCUCCACACGUCUUUUCCACUCACUUCCACCUCUCUCUCUCCACGCUUCGGCGCUUUGGGUUUUCCGGCCACGACAGGUGAAAGAGGCCUAUCUUUCUGAUUAAAUUCCACUUGGUCUUGGUUGAUGGCCCCUUUAUGGUAACUUGCAAUGAUAAGAGGUUUCAAUUGAAAUUGUCAUUUAUUUUUUGAUCCUGGUUUGAGGUAAGUUGUGUGAGCAAAGGAUAUAAUGGAUUUUCUGUUUAAAGGAAUGAAUGGAGAGGCUUCUGGUUGCCCCUUUGAUGAGAAUGACAUUCAGAGAUGUCCAUUCUUGAGGAACCUAAACAAACGCACAUGCUUUUCCUUCACUUCCGUAAAUAUCCCCAUUCCUUUGAUUUUAUCUUCCCAGGUCCAUGGAGCCAGCGGUCCAAUAUUUGAAGAUGGUCCUAAUUUUGAUAUCGCCUUUAAGCUCUUUCAUGGGAAGGAUGGUGUUGUCCCACUGUCAGACAGAUCUUCUGAUAAUGACAUUCUGGAAGUGAAGCCUGAACUCCAGUUCAAUCCUUUAGCUGCCAAAGCUGCCACUAUAAGUCUGUCAACAUUUGGACCUGGAGGGCCUUUUAGUUUUGGUUCCUUCUCUGACAAAGGGAAAAAGCAGAGCGCCAACUCAUCCAGUAAGAAGGAACCCCCUUCGCAGAAAGGAAAAUCGUCAAAACAUGAGGCAGUGGGAAAUGAUUGGUUAAAAACAGGUAACUGCCCAAUUGCCAAGUCAUAUAGAGCUGUGAGCUCUGUUUUACCACUUGUUGCGACAGCACUUCAGCCACCCGCUGGCAUGAAGCUCAAAUGUCCGCCUGCAGUAGUUGCUGCAAGGGCAGCCCUUGCUCGCACCACCUUUGUUAAAAACCUACGGCCUCAGCCCCUACCUGCAAAAAUGCUUGUCAUUGCAGCCUUAGGUAUGGCAGUCAACAUUCCAUUAGGCAUGUGGAAGGAGCACACUACAAAAUUUUCCCUCUCAUGGUUUGCAGCAGUGCAUGCUGCUGUGCCCUUCAUAGCCAUGCUUAGGAAAUCAGUUCUGAUCCCCAAAACAGCCAUGGCAUUGACAAUCGCGGCAUCUAUCUUAGGACAGGUUAUUGGUUCAAGAGCUGAGAGGAUCCGGAUGAAAGCAGUGACUGAGAGAUUCAGGGAGCAAGCACAGACAACAGUUGAAAGUGCUGGCUUUAGCUCAAGCCAGGUUGAUGGCAUAACAGGCGGUCAUUGUGGUGCCGAAGGAAUGGUGUUCAAUUCUCAAGGUGUGACGGGUGCCAGACCAACUUCAACUAAUGUAUGCUUUUAAGUUUUAACAUUAAUGCAUGAGGUGAAACGAAAUAAUACAAGGAAACUCAAGCUGUCGGUGGUGAAAGAUAAAAUGGUGGAGAUUUCAGCAAUUGUGUGAACUGUUUAGAUGUUGUGCUGCCGUGCUGCUUAUAUUCUGUGAAUUGUAAUUCCGUCUCAUCAUCCGCAUGUCUCUGCAAAAAGAAAAAAAUUGUACUAUUGGGAAAUAAAAAUAUCCCUUGUUCCUUUCAGCAUACAAGAAAGAAGAAUUACUUAUUUUGCCUUUGGCCCAA